GAAUAUUGAUAUUUGGAUGAAGAAAUCUUCUUCGCCGUAUAAAGGUAACCCACGAAAACAAUACGAAUUGAUCCAAUAGGUCAAUGGCUAAGCACUUGCUUGUUAAUCGAAUGGAAGCCUGUUAGAGGCGCUCGCGCGUGAAACAGAAGUGGAAGCGAGCAUAGUCGGUGACUCGGCCAUGCCAGUUGUCCGCCUGCCUCGUGCCGCAAACAAAAUCUGCAUAAAGUGGCGACAAGCGUCAUCAACUUCAUUAUACCUGUAUCGUAUCGAUACGGAAGAAAUGAAACGCGUUCCUGUCUUUGGACACUCUGGAAAUCGUCUCGGAAUUGGUGAUCGUUGCGACACGAAAAGCUAAUAAAACGAACUGUGACGUCGAAGAACGAUAAAAUAUAACGAUCUAAUUAACGUAGCCGUAAUAUGUGCCGGUACAGUAUAUGCUAAAUCGUAGGGCUGACUCGAUACAAGUGUGAAUCGUAAAAAGGUAAAACGAAAAGUGAUUGAAAAAACUACUUUAAUACGUUCGUCUUGAACCGAUUAAACGAAUCGUGUUGAUUGAAUGUUUUUAAAUUGGUAUUUGUGCGAGGUGCGUAGUCACCUCUACGUCAUUUCCAAUAAAAGAAGCUAAUUUCAAAUAAAUGCGUAAUGCGUAAAAAUGUGCUUAUUCGUACUAAAUUAAGAGUAAAUCAAAAGAUAAUCAAAAGGUGUCUAUCCGAAGACAGAUAGUUUGUCAGCAAAUUAACAAAUUUUGCGAGAAAAAUGCAGAGCCUCCAAGUUUUCGUAAAUUCAACGCCGGAUCCGUUGAACAUGACACUACUGAUGGAAAAUAACACUUACUACAAUAACACAAAUAUCACGGAUUUACAAUUGGGAAAUCAAUUCAUACUUCCGUGGUGGAGACAAAUGAUCUGGACCUUGUUGUUCGCUUGUAUGAUCGUCGUGGCAACUGGUGGCAACCUGAUAGUCAUUUGGAUUGUAUUAGCGCACAAACGGAUGCGCACGGUCACUAAUUAUUUCUUGGUAAACUUAAGUAUCGCAGACGCGAUGGUUUCUACACUGAACGUCACGUUCAAUUACAUCUACAUGUUGAAUAGUCACUGGCCCUUUGGCACGCUCUACUGCAAGAUCUGUCAGUUCGUCGCUGUGCUCACGAUAUGCGCCAGUGUCUUCACUUUAAUGGCAAUUUCUAUAGAUAGAUACAUGGCCAUCAUGAACCCGUUGAGACCUCACAUGGGUAAAAGAGCUACCCUCUGCGUAGCGAUCUUCAUUUGGAUCGUAGGAGCUAUCCUCUCGCUGCCGAUGCUACUCUUCUACACAACAUACACUCAAAACUUUGCAAACGGUGAAGUGCGAGUGAUCUGCUACGGCGAUUUUCCCAACAGAGACGACAAUGGUCUCAGUUACGACGAAUACUUAUAUAAUGUGAUCUUUAUGGUACUGACAUAUGUUUUACCAAUUGGAUCGAUGACGUUCACGUACGCCAAAAUUGGUUUGGAGUUAUGGGGUUCGCAAAGCAUAGGCGAAAAUACCGCCGGGCAAUUGGAAGGUAUAAGGAGUAAGCGCAGGGUUGUGAAAAUGAUGAUUGUUGUCGUAGUAAUAUUUGCAGUAUGCUGGCUACCGUUUCACGUGUACUUCAUCAUAACGUCAUACUUCCCGGAGAUUACAAACGAGCCAUACAUCCAAGAAGUUUUUUUAGGUAUUUACUGGCUCGCCAUGUCUAACAGCAUGUAUAAUCCCAUAAUCUACUGUUGGAUGAACUCCAGAUUUCGGCGAGGAUUUGCUCACUUUUUCUCCUGGUGUCCGAUGGUACAGGUUCCCGCGGAGCCCUCGUUAUCACGAUCCGAAGCGUUAACGUCUCGAUACAGUUGCACCGGAAGUCCUCAAACCAACACCAGGAUAUCACGGAACGGUACGUCUUCCUGCACACCCUCGGAACGUCCUUGCACCACAUCGUCCACAACAUCCACGAGCGAGUCACGCUUCGAACACGACGACGCCCACACGGAUGCACGAAAUUCUUACAUAGAUUUGCACGACUUCACCGUUACCAGCGUCCUCCUUAGCGAAAUCAAUGCCGACGUGAAUCGCGAGACGUAGUAAUGAAAUCGACUUCGAAACCCCCAUCGUUGUUUCCUUCAAUAUCCGGUUCGAUUCUUUUCAAUUAUUUACCGCGCGAAACAAUUUUCUAAUUGAAAACAUUGAUGAAAAUAAUCAUUACACUUCAGGGUCUAAAAUAUCAAUGUUAAACACAUACGAUUAGAUUCACGUUUACGUGUACAUUUUUUAGAAGAAAAAUUAUUAUCAAUUAACCCUCGCGGCUAUGAGACGAUCGUUUCAAAUCCAAGCAUCGAAUCAAACCAAAGAAUGCAUUUUUUAAUAAUUUCUAGUUAUAUCGUGAUAGUGCGAAGAGGAAAGACACGAUGAAACACAAAAUUCAAUUUUCUCAUUUCUCUAGAUUUCUAUUAGCUUCAUAGUGUCCGUAUUGUAUAUAAUUUGUAUCAUACAGUAAAGUGUUUUAUUGCAUAGUUUUCAUCAUUUUCUCAUGGUUUUCUUAUUUUUACACAUGUAUGUCUGUAGUUUUCAUCACGCAACCUAUAACUCCUAAAGUUUUACGAUGUUUGGAAAUUUGAUCCUAUUUUUAUAGUUUCAUAGUUUUUAGAAACUUGUAACAAAGAUGCAACAGUAACAGUUUUACGAUGUUUGGAAAUUUGAUCCUAUUUUUAUAGUUUCAUAGUUUUUAGAAACUUGUAAUAAAGAUGCAACAGUAACUAUAUAAAGAUAAAUAAAUAUAUUUUUCGAAUAAAAUUCGUAAUUAUAAUUUUUUCUCUUCCUGUCUGUACGCGACGAUUUUCAAAUUACUAUAGAAAUUGAAAUUUCAUACAUGGUUAGAACAUAACCGAUUCAUUAUUGUCCGCGGUCUGCCGUUUGAGGGUUAAUAAAAUAAUAUACAUAUAUUUCUAAUACGCAUAUAGUAUGCCAAACAAUUUUCUAUUUUUCUUUUAUCAACAAUUAAUUUAUCAACAAUGCUCGUCCUCACAAUCGCGAUACACAGUUGAAUUAUCAACAAUCGCCCAACUAUAAUGAAUAUUAACAAUGCAUUUAUAGCUUUUUCAUACUAUGCGGUUGAUGUAAAAACUAUUCAUCGUCAUAUGUGACCUCAGAUAUAUGUAUAUAUUUAUACAUUUUAGGCCCUGGUAUUUCGUCAUCGAACGAUUCAUAAAAAAAGAUUUACACAAAUGGAAUGCGGGAGCUUGAAGUUUUUUAUGUACUUUUAUUUAACUCAUAAAAAAGUGAAAAAUAUAUUGCAGGUGUAUUAAAGUGAUGUAAUAAUAAUAUAUAUCAGGUCUUAUUUAAACACAAUGAGAUAUAAUAUCAACGUCAUAAUAUAAUGCCGCAAUAGAAAAUUGUUGUGUUCUUCUUAUCAACAAUUUUAUGAUCCAUACUUGUCGUUUAAAACUUUCACCUUAAGAUUUAUCAUUGUUACUUGACUUCGAAAUAACGAAAAAGACAAAACUACAGAUAAAAAUGAAGUAUCGCGUUACCAAAAGAAGGCGGAACAAUUUACAAACAUACUCUGCUAACUCUAACUCCAAUCUCCCGUAUGUAACUUAAAAAUUAAUUUUUACACACGUGCUUGUACAUUAAUCCAUUAAGGACCAAGCAGUGAAAUAAUCCGGAAAAGUUGUGCAAAUGCAAUGUUAUUUAAGAGUAUAGAUAAAAUAACUUUUACAAUACCGUUUUGUUAAGGUAUAAAAAAUAGUAUUACCGUUAGAUCAAAAAAAAAUAA